AUGAACCGUUUCAUUCACGUAACUGCUAUCAUCAGCGUUCUAUUUCAGACAAUGCUGCGAAUUUCAUUUAACCCUAUCGUCGCGUUGAACGAGGUUCAUGCAUCUCAAUUCCAUGGAUACGUCAUGCGUCUCACAUUGUCUUCAGAUAGCAAUCUAGCACUAGAAGGACCAGCCAAUUUUCGCGCCAUUAUGAUACGUUCUCGACACCUGUAUCUCCUGUGCAUGAUGAUCCUGCGAGCAGACUCUGAAAUGUCGAAUGGGGGCGAUAACGCUAUUGUUCUUCAAAUAAACCUCGAUAUUGAGAUAGCGCCGGUGCUCAAUGAGCCAAGGAGACAUUACGAGCCUCUCUUCAACGACUUCUUCUCAGAUGACCUUGUCGAAGACCCGUUGCUUCCAUUGGAGAUGCAUGUUCGAGAAAUGAAGGUUUCGGUUCAUGGUCACAUCGAAUCGGACAUGGCAGAGGCGUUUUGCUACGAAACUGUCAAUCUCGAGUGGACAAGCACGAAGAAGGCACUCCAGUAUAUUACUGUUUCCAGGGAAAUUAGACUAGAAGCAUGGAAAGCUGAACAGCACAUGAGGGCUUUUCAGGUACGGAACGAAGGCAGUUUUGCUGCGCUUCGUAUGCAUCGAGGUAACUCGUGGCCUUCGCUGGAAAUCCAAAGCGGCGAGGGCUUUGUCGAGAACCUCGCUGAGCUGUGUUUCCUGACAACGCUCAACAUGAUACAGUACGCACUCAAGCUGUGCAGUGUACUGCUGAGUAAGGCUGAAAGCUUGGACAUUGGCAUGAGCUUGGGUGCGGAGGUCAUCAUCCGAGCAGGGUACUGGAAAGAUGGACACACGUUCCGGCCCUCGGAUGCUGAUAUUGCGAAGUUCAGAUACUGA